GACAAGACGCACCUCGUGGGGUACUUCACGCCUGCACAUGUCAACGUGGACGCGUUGAGACAGUGUGUGGCGGACCAGUUGCCAGUGUACAUGGUGCCAGCCGUGUGGGUUGGCUUGGACGACAUGCCCCAGAAUUCCAACGGAAAGAUCGACGUGAAAGUUCUGCAGUCCAUGGACGUGAGCGUCGACGUCGAAACGUUGGAGACAGACGUGGAGCUCAAAAUGGCCACAGUGUGGGCCAACGUGCUUGGCGUGAACGUGUCUGAGAUCGGUCGCCAGUCGUCCUUCUUCGCGUUGGGAGGCGACUCGUUGUCUGUUGUCCGAGUCAUCGCAGCGUGCAAAGCCAUGGGGUUGGCGUUGUCCGGUGGCCAAAUGACCAAAGAAAUGCUGCUGUGGCGAGUGGCGAAGGCUGUGUCAACGCAUCGCCAAGUGGAUUGGCCAAGUGCGAUGGCUCCAGAAUCGACGAAAGUGUCUGUGGAAGCAGAAUGGCCUCACGUUGUCAACUGGUCGAAUUCUGCGGUAUACCCUGUGACGCCCCUGCAAGCUGGGAUGCUGUAUGCCACCAUCAACAAUCGUCGAUCCUACGCCCUCCAAAACGCAGUACAUCUGGCGGACGCAUUGGAAGCGGCCAAGUUUGAAGCUGGCUUCAAGGCGCUGGUGCAGCAGCACGACAUUCUACGGACAACGUUCUUGACGACGUCGACUGGAAUGUACCAGGUCAUUCGGCCAGACAUCCAGGAGUUGGAGGUGCCGACGGUGGCGGUGGCGAGCCUUGCCGACUUCUUGGAGGACGAUCUGGCGCGUGGAUUCCAAACCGCGGACAAGUACUUCGUGCGGCUGACCAUCGUCAACACGGACAAAGGUCAUUUUGGCGUCCUGACCAUCCAUCACUGCUUGUACGACGGCUGGUCCAUGACGAUGUUCUGGAAUGAUCUCGCUGACCUUCUGGACGGCAAACCCCUGCCGGAACGACCAAGCUUUCGCCACGUGGUGGACUAUAUCCAAGCACAAGACACGCGAGCAGCCGAAGAAUUCUGGCGGUCCUACCUGAACGGAGUUGUUGUUACUUCUCUUGAGACCAACGGAAUUCCACGGAAUUGUCUGGCGGACAGCUCAGACCAGCCGCUGUCCAUCGAUACGACGGCUUGUCUGUCGAGUUUGUCCGAGACAGCUCAGACUCUCCGUGUGACCGUCGCCGAGUUGGUCAA